AUGAUUAGCCCCACUUCAGAAAGGUCCGGCGGCGGCAGCGGCGGCGGCGGUGGUGAAACUCGUGAGGCUGUCGAAUCUCCUCACGUGCAUGAUGCUGUGACUUCACAAGUCCAAGAAUAUGAGAACAAAUGGGAUGCACCAAAAGUGCCCGGUGUUGUGACUUCACAAAUCCAAGAAUAUGAGAACAAAUCGAAAGAACCAAAAUUUGAAAAGAUGAUAACAAAUCCACCAGAGGUGAGCAAACACCAGCAAGAUCAAAGUGUUGAUGAUAUUGGCUUUGCACGUGUGGGCGAAUCCGAAUUAGGCAUGACCUUUAAGUUCGUACAAAGCAUGUCCGAGUCCGAGGGCCUAAAUAUCAGACUGCAGACGCAAAGCAUGUCGUCCAGACAAACGCAAGAGACGGCGUUAAAUUUGGGCACUGCCAUGGACAACUACCGCUUGUUCUCCGCUACGGGAGAGGUGGCGGUGGAGUUGGAUAAAAAUGGUGUAAUUGUGAACAGAAACGGUUCGAAGCCGCCGAGAGAGAUGCCGACAGCCGAAGAAUGGGGCGAAGCUCGUGUCGUGAAUCUGAUUGAGAGAAAAAACAUGUUGCUAAACGAUGAGACACAAAAUUGCCCUAAUCUUUUGAUUUUGUUCCUACAAAGAAACAGCCGAUUAACUCGUAUCCCUCCCUCGUUUUUCGACGAAAUGCCCCGUCUCAAUUUCCUCGACCUAUCAUAUACCAGAAUCAAGGCCUUGCCUGGUUCGCUCUUCAAGCUCCAAAACCUCCAAAUUCUCCUGCUCCGGAGCUGCGUCUGCCUCGACACCCUCCCCGCCGAGGUUGGGAAUCUCACGAACCUAGAAGUGCUCGAUCUUUUAGGAACGGAUCUCCCGAACCUCCCCAAAGAGGUUGGCGGAUUAACAAAACUACGCCACUUGCAGAUGUCGUUUCAUCAGCCCGAUUCCGGUAGCUCUGAAUCGGAGUUGGUUUCGAUAUCUGAGCUGCAGGCUCUGCAAGGGCUGAGCAUAUCCGUGCACCCAAAGGAUCAGCAUUGGGCGAGAAUCGUCGGGGACGUGAUCGAGCAAGUUGUGAAGCUGAAGAAGCUGAGCUAUCUCCAGUUCUACUUCCCGAGCGUGGAGGCGCUCGUGCGAUUCAGCCGAGCGAGCCUUCCGUUGAGGCGAUUCAGCUUCGUCGUCGGCCAAAACAUUAAACGGAUCAUAUCUCGUGUUCCUGAGGAGGUUGAGACCGAGUACGAAAAGUAUGAUCAGUGCUUGAGAUUGGUGAACAGUGGCAACAAAGCACCUGGAUUGAUCAAGGGGAUUCUCGAAUCCGUCACGGCUUUUUACUUGGACCAUCAAGUGGAGAUCCAGAGCUUGUCGGAAUUAGGCGUUUCUAGCUUCGUGGGGCUCAAGUUCUGCGUGUUGAGAGAGUGCCCUAAUAUGCAGGUCGUGAUCAUCGGAGAGAAGAGAGAUGCGAGUUUUUUCCCAAAACUCGAGUAUUUGGGGUUGCAUUAUCUGUGGAAGCUGGAGAAGAUCUGGGGGGAUGAUCCGACGCCAGGAAGCUAUGGAGCGCUUAAAUAUCUGAGGAUAAGCACGUGCGGGAAGCUUGAAUACGUUGCGUCUCAUUCUGUGCUUCGGUGUCUCUCUAAUUUGGAGACGUUCAUCGUUGAAGACUGUCAAUCGCUUAAAUCCAUUGUUAAAGAGGAUGCGACGGUGCAGGGUGCCGCCGCCGCCUUGCUUCCUCGAUUGAAGACGAUGCUGCUUCGCCACUUGCCCGAGUUGGUAGCUCUCGGAAGAGGCUUGUUUCAUGCGAAAGAGGUCAUCAAAAUUCAGUGUUGUCCCAAAUUCAUCAUGAGCGAAGGCCCCAGCAGGAUUAGGGAGUUGAAGAAGAAAAUUUUGAGUUUUUCAGUUAUGGAUAUUUCGCCAUCUCCGCGUCUGCCCACCGAGGCGUUCAUGGUUCCAGUUUCGGUUCGAAUCGGUUCGGAAUCGCGGAUUCACGGUCCCAACAAUAUAUAUGGAGUUGAAACCGGCUCGGAUGACAGGUCACAUAGUUCACGGUUCACGGUUCCAAACCGAUUGAGACGGUAUAUUGGCUUGAAAUUAAUUUGAAAAAAAAUGUACGUAAUGUUGACCCUUUUAUUUAGGUUGUAACUAGUUGAAAUUUAAUAGGAAUUAGAUGUGAGAGUGAGAUUGAUACUUUUAUUUAGAUUGUAAAUGAUUGAAGUUUAGUGUGAGAUAGAUAAAAAUAAAGAUAUAAG